AUGGACCCGACCACCGUCGACGAGGCGUCCAUGGAGCGCAGCAAGAGCUUCGUCAAGGCGCUUCAGGAGCUCAAGAACCUGCGGCCGCAGCUCUACUCGGCCUCGGAGUACUGCGAGAAGUCCUACCUCCACAGCGAACAGAAGCAAAUGGUGCUGGACAACUUGAAGGAUUACGCUGUCAGGGCCCUGGUCAACGCUGUCGACCAUCUUGGCACAGUGGCCUACAAAUUGACAGACUUAUACGAACAGCAGGCUUCAGAAAUAUCAACACUCGAGUUGAAAGUAGCAUGCUUGAACCAGCAAGUCCUUACCUGCCAGACAUACACGGAUAAAGAAGGCGUUAGGCAACAGCAGAUGACGGGGGCUGCCAGAAGACACCAUAAACAUUACAUCGUACCAUAUGAGGGAAAUAAAAGAAUGCAGGCGUUUUCUGAUAUGCAAGCCGAUGCUGAUUUUGACUCAACGCCAAGGCCUUACUCUUCAGCAAGGACCCUUCAGUGGCAUUUGGUUUCCGAGAAAAAUUCCCAAACUAAUAGACCAGAUCAAUCCGAAUCUGCCCAAGGAGAAACAAAAACUACUAAGCCUUCAUCAAGCGGUUUCCGCCUUGGCAAGGAAUCAUCUGCGUCUCCCUUGUCCAGGAAUGUGCAGUCCAACAUAACCAGCAUGGAUAUUGUUAGUGUAGGAAUGAAGGAUCAGCCCACGACCAGGCAUUUGUCAUCAUUCAGUUCUUUGGACAACCCUAGAGGGCGGCAAAUCCAGAAGGCUCCACUUCGCACAAAAAGUAUGCUAGCUGCUUUCUUUGUCAAACACAAAUCAGCAAAGAUGAAAAACGUCUCUGUUCGUUGA